AUGUUUGCAGAACUAUUUUCUUUUUUUACAGGCAGUUCAUCUAAUAAAGGUACAACAGAUGGACCCACUCCAAACAUAACUCUUCCAACUCAUCCAUUUUAUCCAACUAAUCUCAAGUUACCGACUUACAUAGAAUCAACAUACACAACAACACAACUUUUAUCAAUAUUUGUUGCAUUAGUCAUCACAGUUGUAACGGCCUCCUUGGUAAUAAUUAGAACAAAAUCUAAUGUAUCAACUAUAAAUAAGUUGUUAUUUGUUUGGUUUAUCAUAUGUGGGUUUAUUCAUUUGUUCUUGGAAGGGUAUUUCUCUUAUUUCCAUAAAGAAAUUGUUGGUGAUAAUAGUUUAAUGUCUCAGCUUUGGAAAGAGUAUGCGUUAUCCGAUUCAAGAUAUUUGACAUCUGAUCCUUUUGUUGUUAUUAUGGAAGGAAUUACUUCUAUGUUUUGGGGACCAUUAUCAUUUUUAACAUCAAUAGCAAUUUAUAAUAAUUGGCCAUCAAGAUACAUAUUACAGCUGAUAGUUUCGUUAGGUCAAUUAUAUGGCGAUGUUUUAUAUUAUUUUACUACACUGAUCAUCGGGUCACCACAUUCUAGACCUGAACCUAUUUACUUCUGGGGCUAUUUCUUUACAAUUAAUUUCAUAUGGAUUAUUAUACCUGGAUUCUGUCUUUAUCAAAGUUUUGUACAUUUAAAUUUUGCAUUAAAAGAGGACUUGAAAAGAAAAAGUAAAAAAGUCGAUUAA